AGUCCAAUGUUCAUCCGUGUAACCCUUCCUCCUGAAGAGUGAGGUUUUAUAUUUCACAAGAAAGUGUGAGACUCCAUUUCUAAACACUGGACUCCAAAUGAGAAGGCCCAAAAAUAGUAUAAAAAAAUCUCUGCUUAAAACCCGAGGACCCUUAUUGUCCUGAGAAAAUGCCAACGGCAAAGAAAACACUGACGUUCUUACUCAGCUUCGUCACCAGCCUGGGGGCUUUCAUUGUCCUUUGCUUUGUUCUGGCGACCCAACAAUGGAUCCGCAGUACGAUCGCCAUCAACGACUCUUCUUCGAAUGGUAGUGUGAUCAUCACCUAUGGACUCCUUCGUGGGAAGAGUAUUCAAGAAUUGAAUCAUGGACUUGCAGAGUCGGACAAAAAUUUUGAAGUUUUAGGGACAUUGACCAAUUCUUCCCCGAAGACUCUGCACUCGGUGGUCAUCGUGUUCCUGGCCCUUGGUUUGUUCAGUUCGCUGCUGAGUGCUGGGUUCACUUUCUGCAACAGCGUCAGCAACCCCUACCAGACGUUCCUGGGGCCGACGGGUGUGUACACCUGGAGUGGGCUCAGCGCAUCCUUCACAUUCAUAACCAUGGUGCUCUUUGUGGGGAACACGCAGUCCAAUCAUCUCUCGGAAGAGCUGGCCCAGAAGCUGUACCCACUCUAUCCAGCCACCACUCAGCAAGGGACGUCCCACACUUACGGAUACUCGUUCUGGCUCACCCUGCUGGUCAUCCUCCUAAACGUGGUCACCACGGUCAUCAUCAUCUUCUAUCAGAAGGCCAGAUACCAGCGGAAGCAGGAGCAGAGAAAGCCCAUGGAGUCUGCGCCAAGGGAUGGAAUUUUAUUCUGAAGUCUGUGUUCUCGUUUGGUGGCUAGGUCUCCUGUCGUACACCAGCUCUCAGAGCAGUAACUGGCUGGCGUGGCUGAGUCAGCAGGUAAAAGUUUAGCCCUGUCCGACUGUCACUCGGGGACAAUUUUCACAUCUCACGACACUACACUCUUCAUAAAUGAUGCACCCUUGACAAAAGACGCUUCCCAUGAGGGUGGGGAAGGUGAAGAAGAAAGCUCUGCCGUCCGCGUCGUGUUCAAAGCAGGGCCAUGAUUGUGAGCCUGUCGACCUUCUGACCCGGCCUCACUCUCUUAAGUAAUAAAGGCUUGUGUUA